AUGGCCAACUACACCGUUCGCAAGGUCGCCCCCCAGAACACUCUGGAGCACCGCGUCUACAUCGAGAAGGAUGGCGUGCCCAUCUCCCCCUUCCACGACAUCCCGCUCUUUGCCAACCAGGAGCAGACCAUCCUGAACAUGGUCGUCGAGAUCCCUCGCUGGACCAAUGCUAAGCUUGAGAUCUCCAAGGAGGAGCUUCUCAACCCCAUCAAGCAGGACGUCAAGAAGGGCAAGCUUCGCUAUGUCCGCAACUGCUUCCCCCACAAGGGCUACCUCUGGAACUACGGUGCCUUCCCUCAGACCUGGGAAGACCCCAACACUGUCCACCCCGAGACCAAGGCCAAGGGUGACAACGACCCUCUCGACGUCUGCGAGAUCGGCGAGCUUGUUGGCUACCCCGGCCAGGUCAAGCAGGUCAAGGUCCUCGGUGUCAUGGCCCUUCUCGACGAGGAGGAGACUGACUGGAAGGUCAUUGUCAUUGACGUCAACGACCCCCUGGCCCCCAAGCUGAACGAUGUUGAGGACGUCGAGCGUCACCUGCCCGGCCUGCUCCGUGCCACCAACGAGUGGUUCCGUAUCUACAAGAUCCCCGACGGCAAGCCCGAGAACCAGUUUGCCUUCACCGGCGAGUGCAAGAACAAGAGCUACGCCAUGGAUGUCAUCCGCGAGUGCGCCGAGGCCUGGGAGCGUCUCAUCACCGGCAAGACCCAGCCCGGCAGCGUCUCUACCACCAACGUGACUGUCCAGCACUCCCCCAGCCGCGUCGCCCCCGAGAGCCUGCCUCCUCUGCCUCCCCACCAGGACCUCCCCCCUGAGAAGAUCGAUGCCUCCAUCGACAAGUGGUUCUUCAUCAGCGGUGCCUCUGCUUAG